CACAAAGAUCGCUAGCCGCUCGCAUGGACAGCACGAGCGACGAGGACCGGGACGAAGUGAGCGCGCUCGUGCACCCAACGAUAGCCGCCAAGCGAAGCCAUCGGCGGGUCAAGUCCAUCGGCGUCGGUGGACGGUUCGAGCUCGCCAAGAUCUCGACCGACCAAAAGGUGGAAAUCCUCGAGACGGAGCUCCAGCGCCAGUCCAAGGCGCUCGAGGAAGCCCAAGAGGAGACGCAGCUCGCGGCGCGCAUUGGUCAGUCGCUCUUGCUUCAAAACCAAAAGCUCGACUACGAAUGGGAGUCCAAGCUCGCUUCCAUGACCAAGCAGCACAGCGACGACACGGCGCGGCUGCAGGUACGCACGCGCGCUCGCCUCGACACGCGACCCAAGCGCGCUUAG